ACCUGACCCAAAACAAGUAGGGCAAGCUUUUUUUUUCUUCCACUCAUUCUCAUUCACCACAGUCAUGGUUCAAGGUUCAAAAGAAAGAAAGCCAGGAAAGCCCAAGCAAAAGGGUGGCAGAGAGAAGAAAGGCAUUAUGAAGAAAGGCUCCAGAAGCAUUCCUCCCAAGAAGUUGGCUCUUGUGAAGCAACGUGCCUUGGAUAAGAGAUUAACGGGUGAUAUUAACAAGAAUAUCGAAAAGCAAAUGUCUGUUAAAGCCAAUGCUGUUGGUAAACUCACCAUCAUGAAGAAAUUAGCUGAAGAAAAGGUUAAUGUCGAAGACAAAGCUAAGCUUAAGCGUUCCAGUAAUGUCCGUUUAUCUCAGUAAACGAUUACUUUUUUGUAUUAUAUCCCCCUAUUCCUUUUACACACACAUAACAAGAAAAAUAAAGCCAAGCUUUUGAAUU